ACUGCUCCCCAACAAUGAAUGGAACUGAAAAUGUUAGAAUGGUCCUCUUGGGAAAAACUGGAGCUGGGAAAAGCAGCCUGGCCAACACCAUAUUUGGAGAGCAGGUGUUCCCAGUAAACCACUCCAUCAACUCCGAAACAAAAGAAUGUCAAGCCAUGACCACGUCUGUUGGUGCAAGAAACCUUACGGUCAUCGACACUCCUGGUUUCUUCGACACCGACAGGCCCGAGGAGGAGCUGAAGCCUGAGAUAGUGAGGUGUAUCACAGAGUGCGCUCCUGGGCCCCAUGCCUUCCUCAUCGUGCUGAAGGCGGAGAAAUUCACGGAGCACGAGCAGGCUGUUGUCGAGAAGAUCUGCACGUACUUCACCAACGAUGUCCUGAAGUACGCUGUGGUGGUUUUCACUCAUGGUGACCAGCUUCCUGAUGGGAUGAACAUCCAGGAGUUUGUGAGUCAGAACAAGCUGGUGAGUGAGCUGGUGAAGAGGUGCGGCGAGCGCUGCCACAUCAUCGAUAACAAAUACUGGAACAAUAACCAAGAGGACGCGUACAGGAACAAUCGGUUCCAGGUGAACUGUCUACUUCAAACAUUAGACACCUUGGUGGUUGCAAACAACAAAAACUGCUACACCAAUGAGAUGCUGCAAGCAGUGGAAAAAGAAAUAGAAGAAGAGGAGGAGAACAUUCGACUGUUAGGAAACACAUCAGAAGCGAACACCAGAAAGAGCGCUAAAGUCAAAGUCUUUGAAAAACUCUUGAUCAGGUUUGCAGGGAUUGGAACAGGCGUGUUGUUAGGGGCUAUCUUUGGUGUGGUCGUUAUGGUUGGAGCUGUCCUGAACACACAAGACCCUCAGAAGCCAAUCCAACUAAAGAGCGCCGCAGCCACGGCGGCGGCGGCAAUGCUAACAGCAGGAAGUAUCGGAGGAGCGUUAGUGGGGGGCGUCGCAGGACUACUAGCAACGGUACCAAUUGCAGUUACAACWGGCGUUUCUGCAGCAGGAGCACUCAAAGGUGCUAUAAUCGGAAAGGAAGAAGCUGAGGGAGCGAAGACACCAAAGGAAGCAGCACAGAAGACACUGAAAGCUGUGAAGAAAGAAGCCCAGUCUUAUUUGAAUAAAGCUAAUAACACCUGGAACAAAAUGCUGGAGCCCGAGCCCAAAACAUCUGAGGAAGAGGAGGAGAAACCUUUGUUGGAAAGUCAAAAUAAAGCUGUCUAAAACCA